AUUUUUCAUUCGCAUUCAAUUAAAAUUGAUUUACUUUCUUUUAGAUCGUUAAUUGUUUUCUUUUUUUUUCUUCUGUUCUCUAGAAAACCCUUUAUUUCAGAUUGUUAUUCGAUAAUUACUAAUGAUUGAAAUAAAUGUGAAAACUCUGGAUUCCAAGGAUCACCAUUUCUCUGUAGAUGAUAAUAUAACCAUUAAAUCGUUCAAGGAAUUGAUCGCUUCCGAAGUUGCUAUAUCUGCUUCAGAGCAGAGAUUAAUUUACUGUGGUCGGGUUCUUCAAGAUGACAAGCCUCUUUCAGAAUAUGAUGUGAAUGGUAAAUCAGUCCAUUUGGUUCAAAAGCCACCAAGCUUAUCCAAUUCAUCAAGCUAUUCAAAUUUAGGAUCAGAUAACGCAACUGGUAGUAGAAAUAGCAGCUCAUCCAUUGGGGUAGGAGGAAACAAUCAAACUGAAACAAAUCAGCAAACAGGAAAUAGAACAGUAAAUAAUUUACUUCUUGGUACCAUUAAUAUACCACAAGGAUUUUUUGACGCCAGCCAUUUGGUUCUCAGUGUUUCAACUUUGGGUAACAACUCGGCAAGAGUAGCAGGAAAUAAUAUUAGUAACAAUAAUAAUAAUAAUAAUCAAACUACUCGUAGCCCAGAGGAACCUCGUCCAUCAGUUAACGUUCAAAUUGAUUUGGGUCAAAUACCAAAUCUUGUUGCUGGUACUGUUGGUGCUACAGUUGCAGGUAUAACUUCUGGACCUAACGGUGCACCCAUAAUUCAAGCUUCUGCUCCAAUUCGUGUUGGUGUUGCCACUCCCGGAGGACCUAUCACCAUAACCCGUAGUCUUAAUCCUCUAAAUAGAUCCAAUAUUGGACCAAAUCAGUCAUCAACAACCAUGCCAACCGGAGGAAUACGUAAUGAUGGAUGGCAAACACAUGUUCCCAAUGGAUGGAUACCUAUCAUUAAAGAAGAUAUCGAUCGUCAAAAGGUGUUGAGUCGACAGCGGCCUUUCAGUGAUGCUUAUAAUGCUGGCAAUCCAAAGAAGAAGAGAAAACAAAGUGAUAAUUCCAGAGAUGGACAACUAAUAAAACCGUUUUCUAAUUCUCUUAGAGAAGCGAUUAUUGCUACUAAAGGUCCACUUCCCAAUGAGAAAUGGGAAGAAAUUGAAAAUAAAGCUUCAACGUCCAAUCUCAGUUCCCAAUAUCAUCAGCAAGUUUAUCAAUCGAUCAAUGAAAGACUUGCCUCUGAUAGUGAUUUCGACGGAGAAAAGUUCACCGCAUCUCGUCAAGUUUUCCAGUCCAAUCAUCCAUAAUUCACCACCACCACCACCAACAAUUAAAAUGCAUUGAUUCCAAUGUGAUAAUCUUCAAUACUAACACUUCUUAGUGCUCUAACUCACCAAACAUUAAUCAUCUAUGGAAAACACGAGAAAAGAAAACAACAAAAGUGGGCUACCGAUAGAAAUCAAUUUUCUUCACGUAGCUGCCAUUUUCUCAUAUUCAUCUCGAUUCAAAAAUUCAUUAAACAAUCAAGGCAAUAUUGUCGAAGCGAAAUUAAUUGAUCAGCUCACAUUGAAAUGUUUUUUUUUCUCAUGAUAAAUGCCCUGUUAACACUGAUUAUCUCUCUUCAUGUUCCUCUUCCCACUUUCUCUCUCACUUUAUACCAUUGUUAUUAUCCAUUCAUUUUCCUCAUUUCUUUUUCUUCCUGUUUACCUUUACUUUUUCAUAUCACUCAUUGACUCUUGAUGAUAAUUAUUUUAAUUUACGUGAAAAACUAAUCAACCUGUGAACAGCUAAAUAUUCAAAUCAAAGUGAAUCCUCCCCUCGCCCUGGUGAAAGAAAAAUGGACAAUCUAUUUUCCGAUCUACUUCACAUUAUUUGGAUUUAAAGCAAAGUUCAACAAUUAAUGUUUAAUAUGCUUAAGUGAUGUUUAAACAAUUAAAGGGAAAUCAUCUGGACAAUGAGUACCCAACAUGAAAUCUUCCAAAAUCAUCAUUGAAAAUUCACAUUUAUACUCCCGAUUUAACAAUCUACUAAUUUCAUUGGUGUUUAUCACCAAAUUGCUUCAUCAUUCACAUAAAUUGCAAAAUUAACUCUCUCUCUCUCAUUCUCUACUUGAAUAACAAAAUCAUUCAAAUAAAAUGACUUAAUUCUUGAA